AAACAUCCUACGCACGAAGGGGAAAGGAUUAACAUAUUAUCAGACAAAGAUGUGACUACCUACUGAGACUAAUCAAGCAUUUUACAAACUUUCUUCUAAUGCCUAUGAGACUUCAGAAUCUAAAAAGGAAGGUUCUGGAUAUCUUUAAGCAGCCAACACACCUUACUUUUCCACAGGAUAAUUAAAAUGUCCUUAAGCAAUAUCUCAAAUUGCAAUGUCUACACACAAAUGGAACCAUUUACCUAUUUUUACUAUUUAAUUUUCCUCAUUGGAUUUAUUGGGAGUUGUUUUGCCCUAUGGGCGUUCACUCAAAAGGAUCAGAAACAAAAAUGUAUGAGCAUCUAUCUAAUUAACCUCCUCACAGCUGACUUCCUGUUGACUAUGGCAUUGCCAGUAAAAAUAAUUGUUGACUUAGGUAUUGCCCCCUGGAAACUGAGGAUAUUCCACUGCCAAGUCACAGCUUGCCUCAUCUAUAUUAACAUGUAUUUAUCAAUCAUAUUUUUGGGAUUUGUAAGCAUGGACCGCUGCCUUCAGUUAAUGCACAGUACUAAGAUCUAUCGAAUCCAAGAACCUGGAUUUGCCAAGAUGUUAUCUGCAGUUGUAUGGAUAAUGGUUCUCCUUAUAAUGGUACCUAACAUGGUGAUUCCAAUCAAGGAAAUAGAACAAAAGCCUACUGUGGGGUGUAUUGAUUUCAAAACAACAUUUGGAAAAGAUUGGCAUGUGUUUACUAAUUUCAUAUGUACAGCAAUAUUCCUGAAUUUUUCAGCCAUGAUACUUAUUUCCAAUUUUCUUGUUGUUAGACAACUUUACCGAAACAAAUACAGCGAGAGUUAUGCAAAUGUAAAGAAAGCUCAGGUAAAUAUACUGUUAGUAACGGCAGGCUACAUCAUGUGUUUCGUUCCUUACCACGUUGUUCGGAUCCCCUAUACUUUGAGCCAGAGUGAUGCUAUAACUGAUUGUCUUCUGAAACAAACCCUCUUUAAAGCAAAGGAAUCCACUCUGCUGUUGGCAGUGUUAAACCUCUGUUUUGAUCCUGUUUUGUAUUUUUAUCUUUCCAAGACAUUUAGACUGAAAAUUACUGAGACUUUUACUUCACAUAAAGAAACAAAGACUCUCACAGGAGAAGGAGUACACUGAGAAGAGGCACAUUAUAUACAAAAGUACUGUAGUAUUUCAGCCUAUGUAAGGAUAUUAAAGAAGGUACUAACAGUGAUUCCCCCAAGAGACAGUGCCCCCCCCAUAAUUUGUCCCCCACACUUUAAAAUCCAACAGUUUCACCAAGUACAAAAAUCUCUUGGGUCUUCUGUUAAAAUUUGUAAGCUACUGUCUAUAGAAACCAUUGACUGUAUCUGUCCUGUGA